AUGGAGAAGCUUUUGAACCAUUACGACAAAGAGUACUUGAAAAUGGCCAUGUUAAAGCACGAGGAAACAUUUCGUGACCAGGUGUAUGAGCUUCAUCGACUCUACCGAAUCCAAAAGGUGCUAAUGAACGACAUAGCGAAAAAUAAUCGGUACGCGACGACUUGCAGACGGCCCGAGGCCCGUUUAUGUCUCGACCUGGAAAGGCCCGCCGGUUCGUACUAUGUACCGGGCUCGGGUGAUGAGCUCAGAGUCUCCGAAGCUGAGGAUGACCACAAUGACCUGGAGUUGACUUUAGGACCGAAAAGCUAUUAUCAGAAUAAAAUCAAAGCAGCCGGGCCGGGUCUCAGGUCGGACUCUGGGCCGAGCUUCUCGUCUUCGUCCUCCGGAUCGAACCACAUGAAGGGCCCGGAAAUGCCGGUGCCGGCUAAUAAAGAUAGGUUAAACAGUUCUCCUUGGCUUUUCCAAGCCCUCAGCUUGAAUAUAACUUGA